UAUUUUCAUGGCCCAAGAUCCAAGUUACUAAUAAUACAAGCUGUUAAGCUAAUAAUGCACCAUGUUGGAAUCUUAUAAAUUGUAUUCCAAAGCCCUCUUAUAUGUAAGCAAAAUAAGGCCCUUUAAGAAGCUUUGGUACUUGGAAGUUUAAUGGCUGAGUUUGCAGAAUAUCUGCAGAGGCAUGGGGCUUCUCAACCUUUGACAGAGAUGAUGGACAUGAACAUGGAGAUGCUCAAGCAUCUUCCAGAGCUGAAUCCAAGCAUCUUGGAGAAUUUCAGCAUCAUUCAUGACUUCUCAGCAGACUCUUUCUUGGCCCACCAACAACCUGAAUUUCCUGCAACAUAUAAUCACAACAACCUUUCAAGCACUUCCCAUCCUCACAUCUUGAGUACAACACCACUUGUUCAUUCUGUCAGCUUUAAUCAAAAUGUUUUCCAUGAAAGGAAGAAGCCAAAAGCAAUGGAACAAUCAAAAGGCAGCUCCAAGAACGUUUCUCCUACAGCCUCUAUAAACAUCACUAAGAAAAAGAAUAACUUAGGAAGAGGUAAGAAAGGCAAAAACAAGGAGAAAGAAGGGAACAAAUCAAAGGAAGUUAUUCAUGUUAGAGCUAAGAGAGGCCAGGCAACAGACAGUCACAGUAUAGCAGAAAGGAUAAGAAGAGAGAAAAUCAAUAGCAAAUUAAGAUGCUUGCAAGACAUUGUUCCUGGAUGCCACAAGCCAAUGGGGAUGGCAGUUAUGCUUGAGGAGAUAAUCAAUUAUGUACACUCAUUGCAGAAUCAAGUUGAGUUUCUCUCGUUGGAGCUUGCCGCUGCCAGUUGUUCUAAUGACCUGAAAAAUCUCACAGAAUCUUCCAAGAAGGCUCAGGGAACAAAUUCAACUGAUGAUGCACAGGAGACACAGAAAUGGUCAAGAGAAAGAUAUGGAGAAAUCACUUGCUUCCACUCUACAUGGUCCAUUUGACCGCUUUUUUGGCAAUUACUCUUUGUUGCUAUAAAGCACAAGAAUAUGCUCCCUAGCUAUCACCCUUUGCCGCAAAUCAAAUGUCUAUUUAUGUGGCAGAAAUGCUAAUGAUAUUUGCAUUACUCCACAAAAAGGUCCAGAAAUGAAGUACAAAAACAGAGAGAUUAUAUUGCUAUUUACUUGUCCAAUUCGAGGGCUAAUUUCUUUUUCUCUUUUUCAAAUUUGAUCUGCUAUAGUGAUUUGUGGUGUUUAACAUCCUAUGUAUUGAUGCUGCUUUGUCUGCAUGAGCAGUUAAGCAUCCAUUUGAUCCAACAGGCUCUCUAGGCUUUAUGUGUUGCUUGUAUAAAAUUAUCCAUUUUGUGACAAAAUUAUACAUGCAUCCACUUUAUGAUUUGGAAUUUGGCAUUUGGGCCACUUGGUGAAUCUGUUAUACCCUUUUAACCAGACACUUUCAUGUGGUUCAUGGUUUUUUUUUAGUGUGCAAGAGACAGAGAAACAGGAAAAGAAGAUAGUCUUAUGCAGCUGUCAACAGAAUCUAAGUAAUGAUCUUACAUGAACAAGCAUACUAGCGAUUUCCUGUUUAUACUCCUUGCAUAUACCAGAAAUAUGUAGACAAAUUUGAUGUGUAUCCAAUUUCAAUCUCAAUCACAGUCACAUUUGUUGAGUAA